AUUUAUCCAAAAGAAGUGUCAGCUGUAGUACUCGAUUUUCAGUCUUUGAGUUUGUUGUGUGAUCCAGCUGCAGCGGUUAUAUUUUCAAUUAAUAAGCUUUAGUGCUUAUUUGUGCUGGGAUGGCAAACCUCCACUUCCACAGGAUGGCCGCUUUCGAUGAGCAGGGGGACUCCAACUCGCAGGAGUCUUUUCCUGGCUCUGAAGGUAGUUCGGAGCACCAGGAGCAGGAGCGUACAUGCUGGAUAUGCUUUGCCAGCGAAGGGGAAAACCACCGGGCCCUGUGGGUGCAGCCGUGCCAGUGCCGUGGCACUACAAAGUGGGUGCACCAGAGCUGCCUCUACCGCUGGAUCGACGAGAAACAGAAAGGCAACAUCCGGCGCAUUGUCGUCUGCCAGCAGUGCUUGAUGGAGUACAUGAUAGUCUUUCCACCGAUGGGGCACCUGGCCACAGUGCUCGACUUCACGCAUGGUCUGGUCCGCCGUUUCAGCCCCUAUAUGGUUGCGUCGGUUUUCUUUGGCUCCAUCUACUGGUCGGCCAGUACGUUUGGCGCCAUCACUGUGGUCCAGGUCAUGGGGAAUCAGCGCGGCUUCGCGCUCAUUGAGAAUGCAAACUCGCUCGUUUUAGCCGCCGGUCUGCCCCUUAUUCCAAUGGCACUGGUGCUCUCGCGAUUCAUACGCUGGGAGGACGCCGUGCUAAACCUCAUUCGCAGUCGCCACAAUAUCUUUCGCAAGGUGCCCAUCCUGAGCUUGUUGUACAGAACCACUCCCGAACCAGAGGACACAUUGCCCAAUACAGACAACUCUUCAGCAAGUCCUCCGAUUGGCAUGGAUCCCUUGCAAAUAGCGCGGGUGUUCGCCGGUGCACUUCUUCUCCCCACUUUCGCAACUAUCUUCGGAGGUAUCUUCUUCAGGGGUGUGGAUGACUCCCUGCAUCGAAACCUGCUGGGCGGUGCCACCUUCAUUGCGGUCAAGGGCCUUCUCAAUAUCUACCUUCGACAGAAGCUCUUUUUACGCCGGCGCCAUCGUCUCAUAUUCGACUAUACCGAAGACAAUCUUCGCCUCUACAGUGGCAACGAGCCUGAUGGCGACCAAGGGGCAGCAGAGAGAGAAUCUCGCCAGAAUGCAGGUUUUGACAACGACAACGAUUCCACAACCGAUACCGAUUCAUAUGAUACUGACACGGACGAUGACUUUAAUAUCGACGAUCUGAACAUUGACAGCGACUCCGAGUCGGACUUGGAGUAUUAUCGUAGGAUAUAUCAAGACUCGUGGCGCACAUUAUCACGUCAAAAUUAGCGAAAGAAAAAUGAUAAAAGUCUGAAAACCCUAAUUAAAAAAUAUUAAAAGAAGAAGACAAAGGAGACACAGAAAACUUGAAAGAUACUGUGCGAAUGCUGGAGACUGGAGACGAGAGCAGCCAAAGCAUCGUGAGGGGCAUCUAAAUUGUUAUUAAUCACAGUAAAUCGUUCCUUAUUAGUUGUAUUUAAUUAUGUACGUUCUUAGGUGACUUGAGGGCUUUGUGGAACCCAUUAAUAAAGUAAACCCCGAUUUCACGAUC